ACGGAGCGUUAUGCCAAUACGACAUCGUGUGUCAGAGUCUGAAACCUGAAACCUGAAACGCUGAAGCUGAGUUGGAGUCACAGUUGUUGUUGGUAGCCAUGGAUGCAGUAGCUACGGCGAAACCGCUUCUGUCAUUGUCGUUUUUGCUUUUGCUACCGUCUUUUCUUCCGAUCGCCGUCGCUUACAGACCCGGCGACAUCGUUCCCAUGAGCCGCAUGGGUCAAUACCACUCCUCGCGAACCGUGUGGCAGGACCUCAUUGGCCGUCACUGCCCCAUCUUCGCAGUGAAUCGCGAGGUGUUGAUGCCCAUACCCAAGCCCACGGGUUACACUGGUGCGGAUGCUUAUAAAAUAUCGUUUCAAGUUGGCAGGGAAAAGUUUUUAAUCCCGUGGCUUCUUGUGGUGAAUCGAAAAAGCACGGAGGUCCCAAUGAUUGAAGUAGAUCUGAGGUAUUCAGGAAGUGAUUUGCAUGGUGUCACAGCUAAAGUUGUGGAUAUGCCUCAUCACUAUGUUGAAGUUCAUCCUGAGAUUCGUAAACAAUUCUGGGAUUCUCAGCAUUGGCCAAAGCAUAUACUUGUCCGAUAUACAUGGAAGGAACAUUCAGAGAUAGAUGUAACUUCAGGAUUUUUUGUUCUGUUUGGUUCAGGUCUCAUGUUGUCUUUCAUCCUUUCAAUCUACGUAUUGCAAUCAUCACGUGACAAAUUGGAAAGAUUUGUAAGGGAAACGGUUGUAGAAAGCAGCGUGCCUGGUGAGGUGGUAGCAAAGGUUGAAUGAUGCAUCCCUGGUGUCAAUGAUGCAAUGUAUAACAUUGUAAUAUUGUAUUCGUGAAUUGACAAGAUCAAUUUUGGAGGAGGGGGAGAAGGGAAUGUUGUUCUUGCAUAUACAAAGCUAUGAACCAGUUGUUUCUUUUCUUGAUGAAGGAGGUGACUCAGGUGAGUGAGUUGGAUUGGAUUAAUUUUAUCAGGACGAACUGUGGAGUGAGAGGCAGUAAAAGUUGAGAGAUUGGGUGUAUUAAUUCAUAGGGAAGGCUGGCUUUGUAACAAUACAUGAGGUUAAAUACUUGAAAAGCUAUAAAAGAAUAAAUCAAAAUGUAGGGUAUUAAUUUCGCAAUCAUUUGAAUCUUAUUAAUAAAUUUGAAUCAACACUCGAAGAUAA